AUGUCGCAGGAAGCCCAAAAAGGCUCAGGCCCUCAGAGCCCCGCUGACAGUACACAACAACCUCUCUCCCAGCCCGCCCAUAGUCUCUCCUUCGAAGACGUCAUCAGCGAACUCCAAACCAAUUCCGACGAUGGGUUAACAUCUGCGGAAGCUAAGCAGCGCGUUGAGAAAUAUGGCCAGAAUAUGCUCGAAGGAGACGAGGGCGUCUCCUUGGCGAAGAUUGUCAUUCGACAGAUCGCCAACGCCAUGAUGCUGGUCCUUAUCAUUGCCAUGGCCGUCAGUUUCGGUAUCAAGUCCUGGAUCGAAGGAGGUUUCAUCGCCGCUGUCAUCGCUUUGAACAUCGUCGUUGGUGUCUACCAGGACUACGCCGCAGAGAAGACCAUGGACUCGCUCCGAUCACUCAGCUCGCCUACAGGUGUAGUCUCUCGUGAUGGCAAAACGUCAACCAUCCCAGCAAAUGAGAUCGUCCCCGGUGACAUGGUCGAACUGAAAGUGGGAGACACUGUUCCUGCUGAUGUCAGACUUGUUGAAGCAUUCAACUUCGAAACCGAUGAAGCACUGUUGACCGGCGAGUCCCUUCCGGUCCAGAAAGAUGCAAAUGCCACCUUUGACGUCGACACCGGCCCAGGCGACAGACUGAACAUAGCCUACAGUUCCUCAACCGUGACACGAGGACGUGCUCGCGGUGUCGUCGUGGGGACCGGAAUGAGUACUGAGAUUGGAGCUAUCGCUCAAGCCCUUCGUGGAACCGACUCGAAGCGUCGUCCUGUUAAACGCGGACCUGAAGGGGAAACAAAAAAGAGAUGGUAUAUCCAGGCUUGGACAUUGACGACCACUGAUGCCAUUGGCCGGUUCUUGGGUACCAAUGUCGGUACACCUUUGCAGCGGAAACUGUCUAAGCUGGCCCUUCUACUCUUUGCCAUUGCUGUUAUUUUUGCGAUUGUCGUUGCUGCGUCGAAUGACUGGCGCGGUGAUAGCGAGGUCAUCAUCUACGCGGUCGCGACUGGUCUAGCUAUGAUUCCGGCUUGUUUGGUAGUUGUGCUAACGAUCACAAUGGCCGUCGGAACGAAACAGAUGGUCAAGCGUCAUGUCAUUGUCCGGAAACUGGACUCCUUGGAGGCACUCGGUGCUGUCACCAAUAUCUGUUCAGACAAGACUGGUACUCUGACCCAAGGCCGCAUGGUCGUAAAGAGGGCUUGGAUCCCAUCUGUGGGAACUUACUUAGUCGGUGCCUCGAAUGAGCCUCUCAACCCCCACGAUGGUGAGCUGAGCUUGAUGGCUGAGCCUCCGGUCAAACUGGGUGGGAAGGAAGCAGGUGAUGUAGCAUCGCCAGAUGAGCUGUUGAAAGACAAUGAUGAACUAAAGGCCUUCCUCGACGUCACUGCCAUGGCCAACCUGGCCCAUCUCCACCAAAGUGCCACCGAGGGAUGGCAGGCUCGCGGCGAACCCACCGACAUUGCCAUUCAGGUCUUCGCCUCUCGAUUCAACUGGGGCCUGGAUCGAUGGACCAAGGGCGACAAGCCGGUCUGGCAACAGCAGGCCGAAUAUCCAUUCGACUCAAGCGUGAAGAAAAUGUCUGUUAUUUUCUCAAAGCGCGACGAGAACUCAGAGAAGAGUCGUGAGAUGAUCUUCACCAAGGGCGCUGUCGAACGUGUCCUCGAGGCGUGCACCACUAUCAAAUGGAAGCCUGAUUCCGACCCUGUUCCUAUCAACGACGAAAUCCGCGAGGAAAUCUUGCAGAACAUGGAGGCCUUGGCUAAAGAGGGCCUCCGUGUGCUCGCUAUGGCCGGCCGCGAGAACACCUCUCCCGCAAAAGAAGGCGGCGACCCUCUACCUCGCGAGGAGGUCGAGAAAGACUUGUCUUUAUACGGAUUGAUCGGUCUCUAUGAUCCCCCUCGCCCGGAGACGGCUGGCGCUAUUGCCCAGUGCUACAAGGCUGGAAUCUCCGUGCAUAUGGUUACUGGUGAUCAUCCCGGUACUGCGCGUGCGAUCGCAGCACAAGUCGGAAUCAUCCCUGCGAAUAUGGAUAUGAUCGCCAAGGACGUUGCUGAUGCUAUGGUCAUGACGGCUUCCCAGUUUGACAAAUUGACCGAAGAGGAGAUUGAUGAACUUCCCACCCUUCCAUUGGUUAUUGCUCGCUGUGCGCCUAAUACGAAAGUCCGCAUGAUUGAUGCUUUGCAUCGUCGUGGGCGUUUUGUGGCUAUGACCGGUGACGGAGUCAACGACUCUCCCUCGCUCAAGCGGGCUGAUGUCGGUAUUGCCAUGGGUCAGAAUGGCUCUGAUGUGGCCAAGGAUGCUUCCGAACUCGUGUUGUCCGAUGACAACUUUGCUUCCAUUAUUAACGGUAUCGAGGAAGGCCGUCGCAUUUUCGAUAACAUCCAGAAAUUCGUUCUGCAUCUUUUGGCGGAAAAUGUUGCUUUGGCUAUAACCCUACUUAUUGGAUUGGCCUUCAAAGACGACAGUAACCAAUCUGUCUUCCCCAUUUCCCCUGUCGAGAUCAUCUGGAUUAUUAUGAUUACCUCUGGUCUUCCUGAUAUGGGCCUGGGAAUGGAGACCGCCGCUCCAGAAGUGAUGGACCGGCCACCGCAAAGCAAACAAGGUAUCUUCACGUGGGAAAUCAUCAUCGAUACCCUCGUCUACGGAGUCUGGAUGGCCGGCCUCUGUCUGUCAGCAUUUUCUCUCGUUAUGUUCAAGUGGGGAGACGGCAAUCUCGCCAUGGGCUGCAACACAGAAUACAACAACCCCAACAAACCCUACAACUGCGAGACUGUUUUCCGCGCCCGCGCCACUACCUUCACGUGCAUGACCUGGUUCGCGCUCUUCCUCGCCUGGGAGAUGAUGCACUUGCGUCGCAGCUUCUUCCAGAUGCAGCCCAACUCAAAGAGACCCUAUACUCAAUGGAUGCAUGAUAUCUGGCGCAACAAGGUCCUCUUCUUUGGUAUCAUGACUGGCUUCGUUCUUGCGUUCCCUAUUAUCUACAUUCCCGUUAUCAACCACAGUGUCUUCAUGCAUAGCAGUAUCACCUGGGAAUGGGGUAUUGUCUUUGUUGAGACCGUGCUUUUCUUCCUCGGCAUUGAGAGCUGGAAGUGGUGCAAGCGUGUUUACUUCCGUCGCCAGGACCGCAAGGCUGCGGCUCGGGGUGAUCUACCGGGUAGUGAGCAUCGCGCCCUGAGAGAUUUCAGUCGCUAUACUACUAUGGACCGCUCGGAUACUCAGGGUAGUGAGCAAAAGGUGGAGCAAUCUAUGGUCUAG